GCCGGCACACGCUUUUUGAUUGAUUAAAAUGAAUUACUACGUUUGUCUGCAUCAGGAGGGCAUUAGCAGCAUAUCUAAAUUAAUACAAAAAGCGCAUGCGAAUAACUACAAUGUGGUCGCAACAUCGAUUAAUGCAAAUAUGCUGCCCAUGGAUCCAUUUGAAACGGAUCCAACCUAUCCGGCAACCGUGCUAAAUGCCGUUGAUUGGAACUCCAAAGUGAUUUUUGCAGUGUCCGACGUGGAUGUGGAUUCGCCCAAUGCCAAGCUACGUGAGUAUUCGAAAGCUAUGCUGCUGCGCGACAUCACCUGGGCAGAGCACUUGCAGAAUAAUGGCAGCUUAAUGGUACGUCUAAGAGGGCCAAAGAAUGACAAUUUGGCCGAUAUAAUCAAGACGAGGACGAAAGGCAACUGGUUUAUACAUGUGCCCAUUACUAAUCCCGAACUGGCCACCUUUGAGCACCGCAAGGAUGCGACUGAAAAAGACAUUGAAGAGGCCCAACAGGUUGAUCCCUGGAGCUGGUGGAACGAACUGCGCUUUGCCGUUAAGCACAACGGCAAGGUGAAAGUUGUGCUCGAGCUCAGCGACUCGGAUCGUCCCAGCCGUGAGACCGUGCGCCGUUGGCUCGGCGAGCCUAUCGAGGCCAUUAUUAUUCCAUCCAGCUUAUUUGUGCUGAACCGCUCCAAUUACUAUGUUCUGCACAAGGAGUGGCAGGCCAUUGUGGGCCACUUCAUCUCCGUGCGCGCCAACAUUAUAGUCUCCACAAAUGCCAAUGACAAUGCUAUUUCCCAGUAUGCAGAAUAUGUCAAGAAGCUGAUCAACGAUCAUGGCGACACGCACACUCUAAACAACUAUGAGAACAUGUUGGAGAUACCGCUGCAGCCACUGUGUGAUAAUCUGGAUACGUACACGUAUGAAAUUUUUGAGACAGAUCCUGUCAAGUAUAAGCUUUACCAGGAGGCCAUACAGCAGGUGCUCCUAGAUCGUGUUAGCGAUGAGGAGGCCAAGCGAAAGCUGACGGUCAUCAUGGUCUUGGGCGGCGGACGUGGUCCUUUGGCGCGUGCCGUAUUUAAUGCUGCAGAGAUUACUAAACGCAAAGUACGCGUCUAUAUCAUAGAAAAGAAUCCCAGUGCCAUACGUACACUUUCCAACAUGGUCAAGACACUUUGGUCAAAAAAAGAUGUUCACAUAUUCUCCAAGGACAUGCGUGACUUCUCGCCUCCUGAAUUAGCAGACGUGCUUGUCUCCGAGUUGCUCGGCUCCUUUGGCGACAACGAGCUGUCGCCCGAGUGUCUCGACGGCGCCUUAAAACUGCUCAAGCCAAAUGGCAUUAGCAUACCCUGUAAAUCGACUUCGUAUAUAAAUCCCCUUAUGUCAGCUGUUCUGCAUAAUAAUGUCUGCCAGCUGACUUCCACCGUGCCUGCGUUCAACUGUGGCUACGUGGUGCUGCUCAAGAACAUUUACCACAUUGAUCAGCCUAAGGCGCUGUUUGAAUUUACGCACCCCAAUCGGGCAAAAGAUAUUGAUAAUACGCGACACAAACAGCUGUCCUUUACAGCUCAGAAGGAUUGUGUGCUACACGGCAUUGGCGGCUACUUUGAUACUGUGCUGUAUAAGAAUAUAAUCUUAAGCAUUAAUCCUCUGACGCACACGCAGGGCAUGUUCUCCUGGUUUCCCAUGUUCUUUCCAACGCAACCGCGCACUAUCAAGGCGGGCGAAACAAUUUCCAUCAAGUUUUGGCGCUGCGUGGACCCGGAGAAGGUCUGGUAUGAGUGGCAAGUGUGCGAGCCUGCCGAAUGCGAGCGCCAUAAUGUGGAUGGCAUGGGCUACAAUAUGCGUUUAUAAACUAAACCAACUGCA